AUGAUAUGCUCAGCUCUCGGUCUUUGGCCAAAGAAUUCUCGAACUUCUCAAUCGAAGAAGAGUUCAACAGCAUCACAUACGACGGCAAGUGCAGAUGAAGAACAAGAGAAAGAGAGUGAAGUUGCCGAAAUGGAUUAUGCGACAAGUUCAUUAAUAAAUGCAAAUGAUAUUGAUGUGGGAAGUGGUGAUGAAGAGAAGGAGGGUGUAGAGAGUGAGGAGAAAGAAAAUGAAGAUGAAAAGUGUGUGAAUGAUGAUGAAUGUGGUGGUGGUGAUGAAG